AAUAAUAAUAAAAGUUUGGACACUCCUGAUGUAGUGCCUGUGGCCCAGUGGAAGGGAAUUGGGUUUGUAACUGCAGUUACCAGUUCAAACAUUGACAUAUAAAAGUGCAAGUAAAUAGAGAAAAUAAAUUGCAGGAGUUAUGGUCGCAGUAACAACAAUUUUCCAGUAUUUAAAAAAUAAAGAUACAUAAAAUUGAAGUAUUUUGAUACAAAACAAUAUUUUGUCAUUUGAAAUGUGUAUUUUAAAUACACGUUAUCAGAAAUACUGGCCAUUAAUUAUAAUCAACUAUACCAGUAACCAAACCAUAUUGAGGCUAGUUUGUAGAUAUUAAAAUAUGGUCUGUGAUAACAAGAACUCUCAUUACACAGGUAUUAAUUAUUAAACCUGUGUUUUAAAUUGUGUGACGCCACAAAAAAACUCACUACACUACAUUUCCCAUCCACCACUGCUGUUUAAACCCCCGCUGAGGUGGCUUUGUGGGACUUCAAGUGCUCAUCCCUCGACGUACACGCGCCAUUUGCAGAGGCUCACACAUCAACAAGAACUGCAUUUCCCAGAAAGCUUAGCGGUCUAACGCUGACUGUUUAGACUCAUCCUUGACCAGAGUCAGACUGGAUCCGUGUCUGCUGCAGAUACCGGGAUAAUGGAAUCGUUUCUGCGCCGCCCAACGUGAACUUUUUGAUGUGAGGACUGUGCGCUCUGCUCCAUGUCGUCCCGGUUGGAGCUCAGCAUGGCGCAGGAGGAGGACAAACACAGCCUGCAGGCGAAAUUUGCUGCUGCAGUUAAAGUCAUGCGGAGUUUGCCAGAGGAAGGUCCUUUCCAGCCAUCUGACGACAUGAUGCUCAUGUUCUACAGUUACUUUAAGCAGGCCACCGUGGGGCCCUGCAACAUUUCCAGACCAAGUGGCUUCUGGGACAGCCAUGGAAAAGCUAAAUGGGAUGCAUGGAGCUCUUUAGGAAAUAUGUCAAAGGAGGAAGCCAUGAAGAAUUACGUUGAGGACAUCCAGCUGAUUUUGGAGACCAUCCCGAUCUCGGAUGAAGUGUCCGACCUGAUACGGAAGCUUGGAAACUUCUACACCGUGGUAGACGGAGAUGAGGAAGAAAAUGAAGAAAAUGAAGUGAACAGGAGAUUCUUCACCAGGCCUUUUGCGAAACAUGCAGAUGAGCUGGUCAAACCAUUUCAGAAACCAACAAUGGAAGGCUUUGGGGAUCUGUGGGAUGAUAUACAGAACCCUCAAGAAAAAGACCACACGAGUGUCACUAGUGAGGAGGAACAGGGAAGUAAAGCAAAGAGUGAGGUUGAGAGAAACAAGGAGAGUAGUGAUUGCAGGAGAAGUGAGGAAGAGGAGAAUGGGCAGGAAGAACACAAUACUGACGACAAGGAGGACGAGGAAAAAGUCUGGACUCCAAAUCUGAGGCUGCUGAUGGUGGGACAGGAGGACAAGGGGUGGAGGUCUGACACCAGAGGGUCCACCGGCAGCAUGGAGCCCAGCAUGUCCUCCUUCACCAACGGAACACACAGCUCCCUCAACAGUGAAGUGGAGGAAGAGGAACUGGCCUGUUCCAUCGAGUCUAGUGUGCAGUACAACCCGUAUGUGCACUUUAAUGGACACCUGAGUGAUCAUAUUGAUACUGUUCCUGAGAAGAACCACCUUUGCACAGACUCCGAUAAUGAGGAAUUCUGUGACUCAAUGGAGCAUCUAGCCAUGGAAGAGGGGGUGUCAACGUCAAAAGCUCGGUCACCUGGAUCAGGAGCUGCCCCAGUGAACCAAAAGGAUCUUUGGUUUGAAAGCAGUGCUACACCGAAUGGAGCAGAGGACCAAGCACUUACAAGAGAUUCUUACUUUAAAGACGGGUUGGAUUCCAGCCAACACAAGUCCUUAUCAAGAAGAGGCAGAGGUUCUCGGUCAUCGAGGGCCACCCGCAGCUCUCGCUGGUGUGUGAGUGCAGAUGCUGCCAGCUGUUGUGUGUCACACAGCAGAAAUCCCGCCAGCGCCUCGAGGGGAAAUGUCAAUGAGCAAAUAGCUGCAGCACUCCUGCGGCUGCACCGUGACAUGGCCAACGUGCUGCACAGGCUGCAAACUCUGGAGAUGCUCACUGUGACCAAGUCAACAUCAUCUUCACCAAGGCAGAAGGACUCUCUACCUAUAGCACGAAAGAUACUGAGACCGUCUUGGUGGCCUUUUGACUUCUCUCCACUCACAGUGGUGAUGACUGCACUGUGGCCUCUGAUUGCCCAUUGGCUUUUCCAGCUGUACUUGCUGCGAAGGAGAAGGAAAACCCCCUGAAUUGUCAGACAGUUAUCGGCUUCGGUUAAAGAACACAAAGCUGGAACAAAAAUUGUGGCUUGUUUUAUGACUUAAAAAGUCAUAAUGUACUGGGUCACCCAUGGAAGAGGAAAAGUUACCACAGAGAAAUGAAUUGUAACAAAGAUGGUCACAAAGGCAGGUCUCUAUGCACCGCAGCAUCAUGACUUCAUGGAUUCUGUGGAUGUUUCUAAGAAACGGAAGAAAUUUAAUCUAAUGAAAUUUAGAUGCAGACACACAAAUGUUGAUAUGGUCGCUAGGUUGUCUUAUUUAUAAUCCACACACUUAAGUCUAUACUAAAUGAGUUUACUUUAAGAAUGUUUCACCAUUGUAAAUGCCAGUUACUUUAUUUAUUGCACAUAUUGCAUAUAUACACAUAUAUGUAUGUAUACAUAUAUAUGUAUAUGUAUAUAUAUACAUAUAUAUGUAUACAUGUGUAUGUAUUUUUAUUUUUUUUAUUUUUCAUGAGUAUAAAGAAAGUUUUUAUUCUGAUGUUCCAAAACACGUGUAUGUUUCGGGAGUGUUUGUUUUGAGACCAAAUAGACAUGCUAGACAUGUAUGCUGUAAAAUGUUUGUGUGUGUUAACAUUAAUGUUAUUUUCAUAGUUUUAGUGAAAUAGCAUCACAGAUUGGUCUGAAACUACAACAAAGUGACAUUCAGACAACAAGAUAAUCCAUAUAAUUACACGCAUAAACAUUCUCGUCUCUUGUGAGCUGUACAGUAGAAAAUAAGGGGAAUGCUUAGUUUAGGGCGAAGUUUCAUUAUGGAGCAAGUGUGACGUGAAGUGCAAUAAACGCAUCAUGAAACAAUCA